CCGGGCCGCACCAUUUUGGCUCGCCUUCCUCCUACUACAGGCGGACAUUGAGUUGGUAUCCAACAGUCUCUAUUUCUUCACGUUUUGUUUGACCGCCUCAAUCUAAACAAAGUGUAGUUAAUAAAAGAGUGGUCGUGCUUUCCUUUCGUCUAAACUUAACGCCGUCUUCGUCUGGAAAUGGACGGAGAAGAGGACGAAUUCAUGUCUGGCAGCCACUCCGAUGACGGAGGCGGAACUCCUGUUCAGGAUGAACACCAGGCAUCGGAUGGCGAAGACAUGAGCAGCAACAAACAUCAUUCUGAGGACGAGGGGAGUAACAACGAGGAGGCGUCUUACACCAAACAUCAAAAUGACAGCGACUCCGACAAUGACGUCCGACGAGGUGGUGACAGCGACUCCGAAGCGGAAGCGCCUGGUCGCCAUGGUGACAACGACCAGCGAAGCGAUUCUGAGGCAGAGGCUCCCCUUCGCCGUCAUGACCCAGGAAGUGACUCUGAGGCCGAGGCCCCUGUUCACCACAAAGACCAGGGGAGCGAUUCCGAGGCUGAGCCUCCACGUCGCCCCGCCGACCAGGGUAGCGACUCCGAAGCAGAGGCUCCGGUUCGCCGCGACGAUCGGAUGAGCGACUCCGAGGCCGAGGCUCCGAGUCGCCGCGACAACCAGGGGAGUGAUUCGGAGCCGGAACGCCCAAAGCCCGCUGACAGCGACGAUGACUCUGUGGGAAAACGCAGAAUGAGCGUGUCGGAGGACGAGGCGCCGGUCAAACGGGCCGCUUCAGACAAUGAGGAGAGGGAGGCUUCGUCCCCCGUGACGCGCAGGGGGAGCAGCUCAGACAUGGAGGAGGACAGAGCUAAAGCAGCAGCAGCAGCAGCGGCGGUGGAGAGUGACUCUGACAACGAGCACACCAAAGCAAAAUCCGCUGCCGACAGUGACUCUGACACAGAGACGCCGCCCAAACGCAAGACAGCGGCGGCACUGAACUCUGGUGAUGAGUCCGAUGCACGCCAGGAAGAGGCCGAAGAGAGUGGGGGAGGCAAAUGGAAGGCCGUCAUGCGGUCGGACAGUGAGAACGAGGAGGACGGUGGCGGCGAGGAGAAGAAGAAAGCCGCCGAUGUCGUGGGAAGUGACGGAGAAGCGCAAGAGAAGCAGAAAGGCUCGGACAACAGUGAUGAUGAGCAGCCAGUGAAGAGGAAGAAGGCCAUCGUGUCAGACAGUGAGGAUGAUGAGAUGGAAAAACCAGCUGUCAAGAGGAGUCGCGCGGUUUCCGACGACAACUCCGACAGCGACGGCGAGUCGGGCGGAAUCGACAAGAGCAUGGCCGCCAAGCUCCGGGAGCUGGGCUCCGACAGUGGCAGCGACGACGACGACCGCAACAAGGCGGCGGGGGAAAACAAAGAUGAGAAGGCGCUCUUCGGGAGCGACAGCGACGACGACGACAACCAGGAGGAAAAAAUGAUCGCAGACAUCUUUGGAGAGUCAGGCGAUGAGGAGGAGGAAGAGUUCACGGGCUUCAACCAGGAGGACCUGGAGGAUAAGAAGGAGGCCAAGGAGAAGCUGCAGAAGAUGGAGGACUCUGAUUCUGAUGAGGGAAUCCGUCACAGAGGCCAAGAUAUCAGCUUCAUGUCCGACUUUGACAUCAUGCUGGCUCGCAAGAAGGCCAUGGGCGGCAAGCGGCGGCGGCACAGAGACGGCGGAACGUUUAUCAGCGACGCUGACGACGUGGUCAGCGCCAUGAUCGUCAAGAUGAACGAGGCCGCGGAGGAGGACAGAACGUUGAACAGUGCGAAAAAGCCGGCGCUCAAGAAGCUCACUCUGCUGCCUCAAGUGGUCAUGCAUCUAAAAAAGCAGGAUCUGAAAGACACGUUCAUCGACAGCGGCGUCAUGACGGCCAUCAAAGAGUGGAUCAGCCCGCUCCCAGACAAGUCAUUGCCGGCACUCCGGAUCCGAGAGGAGCUGCUCAAGAUCCUCCAGGAACUGCCCAGCGUCAGUCAGGAGACGUUGAAGCACAGCGGCAUCGGCCGCGCCGUCAUGUUCCUCUACAAGCACCCCAAAGAGUCCAGAUCCAACAAAGACCUGGCCCUCAAGCUCAUCAACGAGUGGUCGCGGCCCAUUUUCGGCCUGACGUCCAAUUACAAGGGAAUGACGAGAGAGGAGCGGCAGCAGCGUGACCUCGACCAACAGAUGCCUCAGCGCAGACGACUCAGUCAUCCACAGAGAGUGGAGAGAGCCGAGGAACCGGACGUCUUCUCUCCACCAAGCAGUUCUGCGGGACAAACUCCCCGUCGAGACCUGGAGAAACAGCUGACGGGAGAGGAGAAAGCGCUCCGACCGGGCGACCCGGGUUUCUGCGCCAGGGCUCGAGUGCCGAUGCCCUCCAACAAAGACUACGUCGUCCGACCCAAAUGGAACGUCGAGAUGGAAUCCAGCAGAGGUUCUGCGAAGAAGGGCAUGUCUCGGGUGGACAAGCAGAUGCGGCGCUUUGCGGACAUCCGCCGCCUGACAAAGACAGGACAUGCCGUUAAAAUCAGCGUGGAAGGAAAUCGCAUGCCACUCUGAUUUUAACUUCUCUAGGAAUUAUUUUCUUCUCUCAGUUGAUUUUUGUUCUGUUUAGCUCUACACAAGAAUUCUUACUCUUUUAAUUCCCGUCUAUUCAGAGCGUCGACUUGGUAAGACGUUCUCAGUUGUCGCCAUGAUAAGGUGAAAUGUCAAGUUGUCAAUAGGAAGAGGCUUAAAUUAAACAAAGUCACCGGUGAUGUCACAUCCUCACCGUUGCUGCCUCCUGAAAUCAUGCUGAUGUCCAACGUCUAAGUGUAGAGCUUUUCUGUGCACUGUUCUGUUGUGGGUCCAGGAUAUUUUUUAUUAAAAAAAAAAAAGUUAAAAUCAA